AGACCGGUUAUACACCGUGAUGUGAAGUCGAGCAAUAUUUUGUUAGAUGAAGGAUGGAAGCCGAGGAUUGCUGAUUUCGGACUAACAAAGAUCGUGCAGGACGGCGGUGGAGGGGAAUGGACUAAUGUUAUAGCUGGAACUCAUGGUUACAUGGCUCCUGAGUAUGCAUACACAAUCAUGAUAAACGAGAUGAGCGAUGUUUACAGCUUCGGAGUCGUGUUAAUGGAGCUUGUCACGGGAAAAAGGCCGGCCGAGCCCGAAUAUGAAGAGAACAAGGACAUAGUUUACUGGAUCUAUACUAAACUCAAGACCAAAGAAACUUUGGUUGAUGUAGUGGAUUCUAACAUCUCAACGGCAUCAAAGGAAGACGCCAUCAAGGUGUUAAGAAUCGCAGUCCACUGCACAGCAAAGAUUCCGACGCAUCGACCUAGCAUGAGGAAGGUGGUUCAAAUGCUAGAGGAGGCUGAACCUUGUAAACUUACAGAUAUUAUUGUUCAUAGAAAAGGUGAAAGUAGCCCCACUGAGAAAUGGAAGAACAAUGGUAAGUUAAUCUAAAGCUUUUGAAUUCG